UCCAGCCCACGGAGCGUCCGUGUUGUCGUACCAGCCAUGCUGCGCCUCUCCGGCGCUCGGGGCGCGCUCGGGGCGCGGCGCCUCGCGGUCGCAGCCGUCUCCCACCCCGACGCGUCCAAGCUCAUCUCCUCGCUCGAGUCGUCCAGCAAGACAAACCUCUCGCAGGUCGUGCCCUGGUUCGCGGAGCAGAUGCCGACGACGUACUUCCGGAUCUUUGGCGAGGAGACGCAGCGCCGCCACCUGCGCGCCAUCUCCACCCUCUUCGACGACGACCUCAACCUCAAGACCCUCAGCCUGACGUCGCACCACGGCGGCGCCGGCGGCUGCCCCGGCCGCGGCCCGAGCGCCGUCUACCACACCACGCUCUCGCGCGGCGCGGCGACGUCCGCGGCGGCGCGGCUGGCGCAGCAGGUCGCGGCCCUCCCCAGGGAAGCCGAGCUCCGCCGCGUCCUCGUCUUCCGCUCCGCCGACGACCGGCUCUGCCUCGACAUCCUUGAGACCGGCUCCGCCGACGCGCCCUUCUCCGGCGAGGACGCGGAGCAGAAGGCGGCGCUGGUUGCGCUGGAGGGGUACGCCGCGCGCCUGCGGGCGGGCGAGCUCGUCGGCCAGUCCAACCACGUCCCUCCGUCGGCCAUCCUCUCGGACGGCGAGGUUGCCAAGUUCCUGCGCCGCUGCUCGACGACCUACGUGUGCCAGCACGAGCCGCGGCUGCUGUACAAGCAGAUGCUGCUGACGCAGUCGGUCGCGGGGACGGAGGACGUGGCGGUCGAGUUCGAGGACGGCUACGAGUACGGCUCGCACAACGGCGCCGCCACCCUCAUCACGGUCGCGCUCGGCGACAGCAAGCCGCGCCGCGCACUGCAGGGCACGCUCGCGACGCUCGACAUGCACGGGCUCCAGGUCGAGCGCGUCCUGGUCGACAUGAUCGGCGACCCGCCGUCCGACAAGCCGGGCCUGCCCUCGGCCGGGGUGACGCUCGUCCGCGCCAUCGUCCGCUCGCCCGCCGGCGCCGUCGCCGACAACACGCAGCUCGCAAACGACCUGCGCCGCUUCAAGUGGCUCGACGACUCUGCGCUCUCGCUCGCGGCGGCGCACCCGUCGCUCGGCCUCGAGCGCGCCGAGUCGACGGCGGCGCUCGCCACGCUCUCGCUCGCCCUGCUCGACCACCCGCUCCUCUCGCGCAACAACAUGCUCUCUCUCCUCGAGCGGCCCGCCUUUGCGCCGCAGCUCGCCGCGCUCAGCGAUGUCUUCGCCGCGCGCUUCGACCCGACCAGCCCUAUGGACGACGCGGCCUUUGGCGCGGCGAUCGACGACUUCGACAAGUCGGUCGCCGUCGGCUUCCAGGCGGAGGAGUCGCGCUCGCUCCUCCACGCGAUGGGGCGCUGCCUCCGCCACACGAUGCGCACCAACGCGCCGCUCGCCGAGUCGCGCCGCGCGCUCGCGCUGCGGCUCGACCCCGCGCUGUUUGCGCAGCCCAUCUCGCAGCACGCGCCGCACGUGCUGCAGCUCCCGUACGGCGUCUUCUUCGUCGCCGGCCGCCACUUCUCCUCCUUCCACGUCCGCUUCGCCGACGUCGCGCGCGGCGGCUUGCGCGUCGUCGCGCCGGCCGACUCGGAGGCGCACGUGGCCGAGUCGCGGCGCCACUUCCUCGAGUGCCUCAACCUGGCCUGGGCGCAGCAGCUGAAGAACAAGGACAUCCCCGAGGGCGGCUCCAAGGGCGUGUGCCUCGUCACGCCCGGCUCGAGCAGCAAGGAGCGCGCGGAGCUGCUGCACGGCUCCGUCAAGGCAACCAUCGACGGCAUGCUCGACCUCAUCAGCCCCGGCGCGCUCGCGCGCCUCGGCGAGGCGGCGGAGGCGCCGGCGGACCGCGUCGGCCGCGGCCCGGAGCAGAUCUACCUCGGCCCCGACGAGAACAUCACGCCGGACGACAUCGACUGGGUCGUGCACCGCGCCGCGGAGCGCGGCUACGCGCGGCCCGCCGCGUUCAUGUCGUCCAAGCCGGCCGAGGGCAUCAACCACAAGGAAUUCGGCGUCACGUCCGAGGGCGUGGCGGUCUUCCUCGACGUCGCGCUCAACGCGCUCGGCCUCUCGCCGCGCACCGAGCCGUGGUCCGUCAAGCUGACGGGCGGCCCCGACGGCGACGUGGCGGGCAACAUGCUCCAGAUCCUGCACCGCGAGUACGGCGACAAGGUGCGCGUCGUCGGCAUGGCGGACGGGUCGGGGUGCGCCGAGGACCCGGCGGGCCUCCCGAUGGCGGAGCUGCUGCGCCUCUUCGAGCAGUCCCUCCCCCUCUCCGCCCUCGACCGCGCCGCCCUCUCGCCGAGCGGGCUGCUGACGACGGUCGACACCGAGGAGGGCUUCCACGCGCGCAACUCGAUGCACAACCGCGUGGUCGCCGACGCCUUCAUCCCCGCCGGCGGCCGGCCCUCCGCCAUCAACGGCUCCAACUGGCGCGACUUUCUGCUGCCGGACGGCACCCCCUCGGCCAAGGUGAUCGUGGAGGGCGCCAACCUCUUUGUCACGCCCGAGGCGCGGCAGGCUCUCUUCGAGGAGUGCGGCCUCCCGAUCAUCAAGGACUCGUCGGCGAACAAGUGCGGCGUCAUCUGCUCGUCGCUCGAGAUCGCCGCCUCCAUCGUCCUCGAGCGCGACGAGUUCGUCGCCCUCAAGCCCGCCUACGUCCCGGCGGUGGUCGACCGGCUGCGCGCCCUCGCGCGGCUCGAGGCGUCUCGCAUCAUGGCCGAGUCGCGGCUCCGGCCGCACGUGCCGCUCCCGAAGCUGUCGGAGCAGCUCUCGCUCGCCAUCCUGCGCGUCACCAACGCCGCCGCCGACGCGCUCGAGUCGCUCGAGCCCGAGCGCAAGGAGCGGCUCUGGCCGCUGAUGCGCGAGCACCUGCCGGCGCCGCUCUUCGACGCCUACUCGACCCGCAUCGCCGAGGCGCUGCCGUGGGAGUACCAAAAGUCGCUCAUCGCCGCGUCGCUCGCGUCGCGGCUAGUCUACCGCGAGGGGCUCUCGUGGGCCGAGUCGCUGCCCAGCGAGGCCCUCCCCACCGUCUGCCUCGAGUACCUCCGGCAGGAGCAGCGGAUCCGCCAGCUGGCCGAGGACGUGCGCACCUCGAGCCUCGGCGAGCGCGACGAGGUGUCCGAGCUGCUCAUCCGCGGCGGCGUGCGCGCCGCCGUCGAGAGCGCCGAGCACACCCGCGGGGCGGCGAUCGCGGCCUAAGCGCCCCGCGCGCGGCGCGGCUCAAGGCGGCGCCUCUCUCUCUCCACUCGCCGGCCCGCCCUGCGUGGCCUUGCGAGCCUCUCCCCUCCCUCCAUUGCAGCAGCCCCAUGACCAUGCUGUCCAGUGAGUCCCGCCAGUCUGUCGUCUGUGCCGCGGGGCCUCGGUCUCGCCCUCUGAGUGCGAUCGGGUUGACGACUCGAGGCCCCGUUCUUUACAUAGUCUUGUGCGUCCGGCGUGCGGCCCUCUCUCUGCUCGCGAGAGAGAGAGAGGUGUCUGCGCGGCCCACCCUUUAGCAGAGUCCGGUCGUUGUCAACGUGCUUAUUUAUUUCAGAAUAGCCACCAC